AUGGAGCGGUACAAAGAUGACAGGAGCUUGCUGCCAGCCGAUGGAGCGGCUCUUACAAGCACGCCCGCAGCACAGACUUCACCACUGCUUUUCAAGCCACCAGUUCCGGCGACGACCGAUCGGACGCUCAAAGAGCUUCCAUCUGCGGAUGCGCUUAUUGAGCCAGCCAUGGAGGAGUGGUGGCUGGGCGUCGACGAUGCCACGAGGCAGCGGCUGACGGACGAGUUACACAAUUGGCUGCGGUGUAUAUGCCCUAGCUUUACCUGCUACUUCCAAACCAUGGAGGAGAACUAUGACACGGUAGAUCAGAUUUGUCGGCUGUAUUUGGUCGAGGAGGAAGACGGAGAGCGUAAGCCCGAGAAGCGGCUGGACCCGCUGUUUUUCGAGGACAAUAAGAUUAGCGAUCCAGAGCAUCAACGCCUGUUUCGCCAAUGGUUUGCUGAAAACCCCGACUUUCCUAGCCACGUUAGCGGCCACAGCAGCAGCAGCAGCAACAGCGGCAAGGCUGCCAAAGCAAAAGCAGAUCCGGCCGCCGCUCCUGCCAAGGCAGAAGCAAAGCAGGCAUUUGCCUCCACAUCACCCCCUGCUCCUGCAGAACAAGCAGGUGCUGCGCGGCGUAGCCUUCAAGGCGAGGAUCCCUGGACCACGGGCAAGGAUCCAUGGACCCGUGGCCGCGAAGAGGCUGCAGUUCGGAGUCGCUCCCAACCGCCCACGAGAACCGAAAGCCCAAGGCCUGGCUCAGGGACUGAGCGGGCAGCAUCGCUGCGGCCGCCAACCCAAACCCAGCCUGCAGGCGCAAAGCUGACAGCGGCGGCUGAACUGGUGCGAGACGCAGGGCAUUCCAGAGGCCCGGCGCUGGCAGCAAAGCCUGCUGAUGCUGUGGCUACAGGCCGCCCAGAGCUUGCGGUCACCACCCACAGCACUCAAGUUGGCAGCUCCGACAGCUCGCCACCAGCCUACAACUGGGGAGACACUGCUUGGAGUCCGGGAUGGUCAAGCUGGUCUUGGUCCUGGAAUGGGUGGGGCAGUCGCAGCGGCUGGUAA